GCAGCACAGCAGUCUUCCCGCUCUGUGCAGAAACAGCAGCGGUAACACCAGACUGCUGGGCAGCGUGAACCAAACUCCAGAUAUCAUCACCACACAUCCGUCACUGUGACUCAACAGGUCUGACGAGUAUAGAGCGACACACACACUGAGCCCCACAAACCACAACAAAAGCACUCCCAGUAUGGCCGUGACCAUGUGGAAAGCCCUCCGCUUUGACUGGUCGACUCGCAGCUCGUCCCGACCCACUUCCCCCGGCCCCGGGCGAAUCAGAACACGGAGGACAGAAACGCUGCAGUGGGACACGACGAUUAAAGAGAUGACCAACAAGCAGAGAAAUGGGAUGAUGGGAAAAUUAGGAACAUACAAAAGCGUCACACCGAUCCAUCCAAGGGACAGCAGCCAAACGCACGCGAUACUGAUGUUUCUGACCCAUCCCGAAUGCUUCAACCCCAGGUAGGUAAUGGGAUAAACGACCGCCAGGUAGCGCUCCACACAGGUCAGGAUGUGAAAGAACAUCUCUGCAGGAAAAGCCAUGUUACCAAGAUUGAACCCUACUUCCGCCAUCACUGUGAGGUCAGCGUAGGUGCCGCAGACGUAGAUGGCGAAGGAGACGAGACAAGUCAGCUCCAUGGCAGCGGAGUGGUAGGCAAAGAAGUCGGAGUGACUCGUUGUCUGCCGCCAUUGCCUGUGCCCCAGGUAGAAGACGAGAGCGGAGAGAGGGAGGAGGAGAAAGAUUUUGGCGACGAUGAAAGCUGCUUCUUCAUCAGCAGCACCCUGCUCCUGCCUCUCUACAUCCUCGUCUUCUACGUGGGCUACCAUCGAUGGAGGAAACAACGCUGUGCUGCAGCGGGCCAGACUGACAUCUUGACCUUCAACAUGGUCACUCUGGAUCUGAUCAAUGUCGUGGGGUCUUCCGUGUACUGUUAUGGCGCCUAUACGGUUCAUCAAAGUGUAGUAAAUGUGGGGCUGUGGUUCCUUAACAUCACCUACCCUGGACAGACUCUGUUUCACCUCCUCACCUGUGUGGAGCGCUACCUGGCUGUCGUUCACCCCGUCACCUACCUGGGGCUGAAACAGGCGGGCGGGGUCAGAAUCAGAAACAUCAGCAUUGGGUGUGUUUGGUUAUUUUGCUUUGGAUCACUGGGUCUGAGUCAACUCACUCUUUAUUGGUACUUCAUCUAUAGUUUCUUGUUCUUGGUGUUCUCCUGUGUUGUCGUCUCUUUCUGCAGCGUUUCCGUUCUCUGUGUUCUGAUUCGUCCAGGGCCGGGGGCAGUGGGCGGGAUCAGGGAGCGGGUUGACCAAUCAAAGAAGAGGGCUUUCAACACCAUCAUGGUAAUAAUGGGAGCUCUGUUGUUGAAGUUCUUGAGCAACCUGGUUUCCACCGCCAUAUUUUCUUCAUUAGUGAUAAGCUUUACAGAUGUUUGUUUAAUGAUGUGGUCUGUAGCCUGGCUCUCGCUGCCCAGCAGUCUGGUGUUACCGAUACUGUUUCUACAGCGGGCAGGAAAACUUCCAUGCUGUAACCAAAACACUGUGUCAACUUGAGAAUUGGGUUAGAGCAGCAUAAAUGAGUUUUAUUUAGAAUGAAUUAAAUCAACUACCUUGUUUAUCUCUAAGUGGAAUAGAUUGUAAAACUGGGACAAGAUAUCUCCUGAUUUCAUACAGUCCUGAUACUUGUUGAAUCUGUAUUACGAAUUAUUGUGGUUUUUGUUUUUACCACGAGAAAAAGUUGAAUUGUACAAAUCUAGAAACUGUAUUAAAACAAUGCAUA